UUUAUGAGAUUAUAUUUAAAUUUUCUGGAAAACUAAAACAGAUCACUUAAAUCAAGUAACUUUAUAUUUGAUGUCUUUAAGUAAUAACCUAUAAUAUUCUUACUUUUAAUAGGCUGGUGCAGCUGAUGGAUAGACCAUUUGAUAUAAGUAUACUGAUACUGUUUAAUAUAUUUAAAGUAAAAUGAUAAGAACAAUUAUGUUCUCUUGUUAAGUCAUGGGUUGGAAUAUUUAUAAGUUGUUGUGUUGCUGUGGUAGUUCUAAUAAUUCAAAUGUAGUAGAUUUGGUAAUUGCUCGAGAACAACAGGCUGCUGCAGCUGAAAAACGUUUGAAAGAACAAGAAAGACGAGGCAUUAAGAAUCCAGAACGUGUAAAACGUAUGCAACAAGAACAACAAAAACGCGAUAAAGAAGCAGAUAGAGCUGUUAACAUGGGAACGAGUACCGGAUUAAAAUGGCAAAUGAAUUAGUUCUUCAGUCUUAAGUAUCAACUCAACCUGUACAAUUUAUUCAAUAUAUUUUACCAUGUACAGUAUUUUAAAUUUAAAUAUAUUUCACUUGAAUUUUUUGUUAUCAA